UCUCUCUCUCUCUUUUUUUUUUUUACCUCUGCUUUCUUUAUUCCACCCUCUUCCCCUCUCUGUCUCUACGACUUUAGCUUGUCAAGACUAUUUAUUUAUUUAUGCAUCUUAUUUGAAAGCACCUAGCUUUUGUCAUUUUAUUUGUGUUGUUUUACUUAGCUGCCCCUUCCAAUGAGAAGACGUAAAAGAUGGAGCUUCACAUUUUAGAGCACAGCUUGAAAGUGGCGAGUAUAGAGAAAGAGGGCAUCCAGAUUUGCACUCACGGAUUAAUAAAACUCGCCUUCCUGGCUUCCAAAACAAGGUGCAAGUUCUUCAGCUUGACAGAGACCCCAGAGGACUACACCAUCAUUGUGGACGAGGAGGGCUUUAAAGAGCUGCCGGACUCGGAGCACAUCAGCGUCGCCGACGCCACGUGGUUGGCGCUCAACGUGGUGUCGGGUGGCGGCAACGCCUCCAAUUCGCAGCCCAUCGGCGUCACCAAGAUAGCGAAGUCGGUCAUUGCACCGCUGGCCGACCACAACAUCUCCGUGUUCAUGCUGUCCACCUAUCAGACGGACUUCAUCCUGGUCCGAGAGCGAGACCUGCCGAUGGUCAUGCACACGCUGUCUUCCGAAUUCACUUUACUACGGGUGGUCAACGGAGAGACCGUCGUCGCACACAACCUGGGAGUGACCAAUGGCUUCGUGAAGCCAAAACUCGUGCCCCGUCCCAUCAUCCACCCGCUAUCCAGCCCCAGCAACAUGUUCUGCGUGACCAGCUUGGACCCGGACACGCUUCCCUCAGUAGCCACCCUCCUCAUGGACGUCAUGUUCUACUCUGGAGGGCCGAAGGAAUCGGGAGCAUCCGGCGAGGACUCCAGCCACAUCCGCUUCUUCUCUUUCUCCCUGAUCGAAGGCUACAUCUCCUUAGUCAUGGAUGAACAGACCACUCAGAGGUUUCCAAACAACGUCCUGUUCACCAGCGCUUCUGGUGAGCUUUGGAAAAUGGUCCGAAUCGGGGGACAACCUUUAGGAUUUGAUGAGUGCGGCAUCGUGGCUCAGAUAUCGGAACCCCUGGCGACCGCCGACAUUCCAGCUUACUACAUUAGUACCUUCAAGUUUGACCACGCCCUGGUUCCCGAAGAGAACAUCCAGAGCGUGAUUGGAGCGCUGAGGACGGAGAGCACGGCGUAGCACAACGGGAAGAAACUCACUGGUUUAUCAUUUCCAAAAAGUGCCAAGAGCUUCUUAGUGGACUACUGAGGAGCGGCUCCGAGAGGAAGGCUUUAACCACAAAGAGGGCGGGGAUUUCGCCUUUGUUGUUCGGCCAUUUUUUCUCUAGCAUCCCCUGCUGGCCCGCCCUGGUAGUUGUUGCUUUAGCUGACCAGACUGUCCUCUCUGAAGCUGCUUCCCUCCCUCACAUGCCUACUGUGUUAGUUACAUACUCCCUCUAGUGGAAGGAUGACGAAUGUACUCCCAAAAGAUCUUUUACAACUCUACGUUUUUCUUCGGGUUUUUUCCGACAGGUCAUUUUGUCCAGUGCCAAGUUGUUUUCGUUUGAAUGCCUAAAGCGAUGAUGCCUUUUUGUUGGGGGGGGGGGGGGGGGGGACGUGUGCAAUUGAAGGAGGCCAGCGCUUGGCGUUCCCGUGAAAACGUGAAGUUAAACCACCGACCAAUUUCGCACUACCGACAUUUUUUUGGAAGGCCGUAGCGGAGGCGGGACGCCGCCGAUAUGCGGUUCACCACCCGACACUUCUCACUACUCCUCCCCACCCCCACCCCGUUGUGUAGAAAGCGCCUGUCGUAUCGUGGUGAAGAUGGCAGCGUCCCGCGGCGCUGGACGAAUAAAUGCUGUUACAGCUCUGACGCGCCCACUUUUGUCGGGAUGUGCGUGAAGGAAGCGAUGCCGUUUUGAUGCGUUCACACUGCGAGCAACAAGCCCCUCCCCUAGCUGAAGGUUUAGCACAAGCUUGUGAAUACGUAGCACGAAUCCACACGUGACUACUUCAUCUAGGAGAAAAGAUCCUGCAAGACUUUGGAUUUUUUUGUGUGGGGGGGUUUGCUUUUAAUGUUUUAUUGGUAAUGUAGCUCAGGCUAAGCUAACAUUCCAUUCGAUUUGUACGGAGAAAACAAAUGUGAAUCAUGCAUACGCUACUUUUUCUUUUCACCUCCAAAAUAUUUGACUGAAAUCGGUUAGGCCGCCAGACGUGUCGAUUAGCGCCGCCGUCCCAUCACAUGCCGUGUUGUCAGCUUCAGCUGUUUACUGCUAAGUAGCGCGUUAGCAUGCCAGCACUCACAUGGCAUGCUAAUAAACAUCUGCGUGCUAACGCAGGUCAGAGAUUGUUACUAGAAAUGCUUACAUUUUCACUUUUACACUCGCCAAGGCUGUAAUUGUGGCGGUUUAGCCACACGAUUGUGAUGAAAUGAGCACAUUGUUCUUGGGUAAAAUUGGGUCAAAAGUGUAUUCAAAAAAAUCACUUUUCAAUAAAUUCGUCAGGUAAAAAAAAUAUUCAAAUCAGCUCAAAAGAUAAUUCUAAACUAGCUUAAAUUCUGCCAGCAAUGAAAUGCCUAAAAAUGUCCUCAGUAAUUGCACUUAUUUAUUGUGCAAGUGUUUCAAAUGGAGUGCAGAAGAAGUCAGAAGCCAAAAACUUACCACUUCCACACGGAAUGGGAGGAGAACUUUUUUUCCCCCCCCACUCUAUGAUGUGGGACAUGCCAUGGCAGCGUUAAGGUAAUGGAAUGUCUCAUCAGUGGAAAAUGACUGACGCCUCGUGACCAGAAUACUACUUAGAACUUAUCUUUCAAUAUUUUGGACUGAUAAAAGGACGCAGUCAACCACAAAACAGCGAUGAUUUAUUCAUGUUUGCAAAACCACACUAGAGCAAAGGGGGCAACGAUGUUGGAGCGAUGCAGCGAGGGACGACCGAACAGCUAAAUUUGACAUUUUUAGCAUGCAAAUGCUUAUAUUUUCAAUUUCACGCUAGCUAAAGUUCCAAAAAUGGGGAAAUGUCUCGGUUUAACCACUUGCAUUUGUAUUUUCAGUACUGUCGUGAAAUGAGCACAUUCUUUGUGGCUAAAAUUUAAGUUUAAAGGUAGAAAUAUCCAUCCAUCCAUUUUUUAUGAUACCUAUCCUCAUUAGGGUUGCUGGAGCCUAUCCCAGCUGACUUUGGGCGAGAGGUGGGAUACAAGCUGGACUGGUUGCAGGAUACUGUAGACAGACAAACAACCAUUAACACCUAUGCACAAUUUAACCUAACAUGCAUGGGUUUUCACACAGAGAAUCAAACCCUGGUCUCAAUCCAUUCAGUCACAUUUGUCAACCCCCAGCUACCUUAACUUUUGCCCGCAACAAUAACACGUCUAAACAUUUCACGAGUUUUGCGCUUAUUUAUUUGGCUGGCAGAAAGUUAGGCGAGUAAGGAAUUUGCCCUUAAAUAAAAAAUAUGAAACGACUAGCUUAGCUCAACCUUAAAAAAAAAAAAGUUAGCCUAGCUUUGGCUGCUAGCGCCUCCUAACACACAUACUGUAGUGUGUUUUUGUCGACAGUCGGCAGGACAAAAUGGAGCUGAAGUGCUGUAAGGGACGUUGCUCACAGUGUGACGCAGCGGCGAGGCCUCUUUAAAUGCGAUGAUGUCGUCGUUUGCGUGUGAAAGUAAUGUAUUACUGAGCCACUUUGGACCAUGUGACAGCGUGCUAAACUUAAUAAGCUAACGUUCACACGGGAGGAGGGGAGGCGAGUCGCUGUUCGCUUGUCUUGAAGCUCUGCCCCUUUGCCCCCGACCCUCCUCCCCCCCACCCCCACCACCUCGCCUGCCCCAGUCUGCACUUUAAUGCAGGACCCCCCUACUCCCCCAGGCCACCCCCUCGGCCCCCUUUUCAAUCCCAACAGGCCUGCUGUACUGAUGUGAAAACAGGCGGGAGCGCUAUUGGUUUUAGCAAGAAUGGGAGAUUGCUAUUGGUCUUAACAUUUGAUGAUAACGUUUCUUAGCUUUUGUUGUUGUUUGAGUUCCUUCACCUAACAACCUUUCUUCUCAUCACACCCAACCAGUUGCAACAAUGCUGCCAGUGUUAAAAUACCAAGAAGGUGACAUUUCUACUGAUUUUCUUCUUCUUUCCAUUUCAAACCAUCUCCGCUUUUGAUUUGGAGACUUUUGUGUGUGAGGGGGGACAAAAAAGACGAAACUAAAAACACCUUUUUGUUUUUCAUUUUUGUUGAGCUGUGAGUUUUGUGUCAUUUGUAUGGUCUUUGCUUACCAAUGGGGGAUUGAUUGUACGUCACUCUUAUGUGUUCCCGAUGUCUACUUUCAUCAAUAAACUGCUGACAUGGCG